GACGUGAAGACCAUGGAGUACCAUCGCCAGGUGCUGCAGUCCAAGAUUGCUCAUGAGCCAACCAAGCAAUACGUCUCCCCCUCGGAUACCAUCAUGAGCCCUUGCACGGCAAAGCUCUCGGCGCUACGAAGCAAGCAAGUCACCAAGGCCAAACCAAAGUCUCUCUUCGCCCAAGCGAGCGCUAAGAAACUCCAAGGCGAGAGCCUCUUCGGCGCAAGGCCAGAUCAGAGCGAGAAUCCCCUUGGUGCU